GCUUGGCUCGUACGCCCUUGGCGGUGACGGUCGCGAUGUUGAGGCCAGGCGCAGACAAGAUUGCUCGGAUCGAUGGUAUGAGGAGUGAGGUAUCGAAAGGUACCGACGGCGAUGGAGAGGAAGCCGCAUUGAGAUCUACAGCGCUCGUCAUGCCGUCAGGCGAAGCGACCCGACCGGCGCUGUUGGUCGAAACGCGUUGGCAGCAUUUGCCGCGAAAACCGCCGCCCGAACGCUACAAAGGAUGAUUGCUCAACGAUUCAGUACCGCUCUCAGGUCUGCUGUUGCUCAGCGCGGCUUCUCGACCUCGAGCGCAAGCUUGACCAAGGUCGCUGUGCUCGGUGCAGCCGGCGGUAUUGGCCAGCCACUGUCACUCUUGCUCAAGCAGAAUCCAAAGGUCUCCGACUUGGCUCUCUAUGAUAUCCGCGGCGCGCCAGGUGUAGCUGCAGACAUCUCUCACAUCAACACUGCUUCCUCCACGACUGGCUAUCUCGCCGACAACGAUGGUCUCGCAAAGGCGCUCAAGGGCUCCGAGAUCGUCGUCAUCCCAGCUGGCGUUCCUCGCAAGCCAGGAAUGAGCCGCGAUGAUCUCUUCAAUACCAACGCAUCCAUCGUUCGAGACCUCGCAAAGGCUUGCGCCGAGCACUGCCCCAAGGCUCAUCUGCUCAUCAUCUCCAACCCGGUCAACUCGACCGUGCCGAUCUGUGCCGAGGUCUUCAAGGCCGCAGGCGUCUACGACCCAAAGAGACUAUUCGGUGUCACAACACUCGAUGUCGUUCGCUCGUCAAAGUUCUUGUCGACCCUCAAGGGCUCAGAUCCUGCAAAGACCCGCGUCACCGUCGUUGGUGGUCAUUCUGGCGUCACGAUCGUGCCCAUCCUUUCGCAGACCGCUGAAGGCGAAUCGAUCGUUCAGGCAAAUGAUCAGCAGUACCUCGACCUCGUCAAGCGUAUCCAAUUCGGCGGUGAUGAGGUCGUCAAGGCCAAGGAUGGCGCAGGCUCUGCUACGCUCUCCAUGGCUUUUGCGGGCGCUGUCUUCACCAACUCGCUUCUGCGCGCUAUUGGCGGCGAGAAGGGUGUCGUCGAGCCGACUUUCGUCGACAGCCCGCUCUACAAGGACCAGGGUGUCGAAUACUUUGCUUCCAAUGUCGAGCUGGGACCCAAUGGUGUCGAGAAGAUCCACCCAGUCGGCAAGCUCUCAGCAGCAGAGGAGGAUCUCCUCAAGGCAUGCUUGGCCGAUCUUGCAAAGAACAUCAAGAAGGGCAAAGAAUUCGUCGGUGCUGCAUGAGCAUCGAACUGAGUAGAAAUGCAACCACUUUUGCUAGACUGAAUUGCGCAGAGGUCCCACAGAGACUAUCUCUCGCGCUUGCCGCAUCGCUUCAAGCUUGGCAGCUCGGCUGAUCUUGCUCUGACGCUUCUCUUCUUCCUCUUUGGCUUUCUUCACUCGCGAGACUGCCUUCUUAUUGGCCGAGUCCAUACGGUUUUCGACCUUUUCGACCUUUGCCUUGAAGCCAUGCUUAAGUCGCGUGAUAAUCGAAGCCGCUUGCCCCUUUGUCAUCGAAUCAACUUCGAGCUUCUGUCGACCGAUAUAGACUGGCGUUCGACGGGAUGACCCUUCGAUUCGUUCUGCUUGAUCUGCGCUUCGCAAGCGCAUAUGCACCCAGUCUUUCUGCGCAUCACUUGCUUGAGCAUUACGCCAGGGUGCAUUGGCGAGCAGUCGCAUAGCGCCAAAAGCCGUUCCGCGAGCUCUCACACGG